UGUCACAUGAAACAGUAGGAAGUGGUGGCGUUGUUUGUUAUCGUUUGUUAUAAGGAUGCAUAACUAAAUACAUCAGAUUUGAAAGCUUUGAAUGAUCCGACCACAUGAGUUACAAGUCAUUAGAGUGCGUUCGGUGUUGUCAGUAAAAUGAGUAUACGCGCCUUAUGGAUUAUUACGCACGAGAAGGGAGAACAUGUGUCUGUGCGUUUUUCAAGGAGGUUCCCUACCGUUGAAUAUCGGGCAAAGUCUCUGGCGGGUUCUUCAUAUCAAGCAGUCCCAGAGGACAGUGCGGUGCUUCAACUGCUCCUCACUGAACUAGGGCUGGCCGACCCUGGCAAACCAUACGUUGCUCAAAGAGACGACUGUCUGAAUCAACGGAGGACGCCAGCGCUGGAGCUACAUGUGGACAGUUCAGCAAAGGGAAUUCUGUGGCCGGUGUUGGUCAUCUCUCGUGGGCCGCUGAUCUUGGCUUGCCUGCCACUGGUUGAAGCGGGUGAACCACGACCACCGUUAUCCAGCCUUCUGUCUGUGUCUCAGGGCCUCACUCUGUUGGAAGGACUGCAAAGCUUCCUCGGCGGGUCUGAAAUCAAGACGGACGGCGAUGGGUUGGCGCCUCGCUUGGCGCUGAUGCCCUCGGUCCUUCAGCAGGUGUGUCCACUGGGCACGCCCCUGGACGUGCCCCAAGCCAGGGCACCUUCCACGGCGGGGGUGCCAGCCGCCGCCGGGAGCCCGAGGCAGCCUGCCUGGAGGACGGGGCAGCACCGCGGGCGGCCCGCGGUCAACGUGGCACUGACGGAGACGGUGCGCUGCAUGCAGUACGGCGACCCCAGCAAACAAGACCUCUGGGACGUCUACGGCACCGUGACAUGCAAAUGUGACGUGGAAGGGGUGCUCCCCAACGUGACCGUGACCCUCACGCUGCCCCCCAACGGCUCCCCCCUGCAGGACAUCCUGGCCCAUCCGUGCGUCACGUCGCUGGACUCCAGCAUCCUGAACGCCAGCAGUGUGGACGACGGGGACGGCUCGGCCUUCUCCGGGCCCUAUAAGUUCCCCUUCUGCCCCCCGCUGGAGCCCUUCAAACUAUGCAGCUACACGUCUCAGGUGCCGGUGCCUCCUAUCCUGGGCUCCUACCAGCUGAAGCAGCAGCAGGAGGUGAACCAUCUGCGUGUGAGUGUGAACCUCAAGCUGCACGAGAGCGUCAAGAACACUUUUGAAUACUGUGAAGCACGCCUGCCCUUCUUCAACCGGGUUCAGAUGAGCACUGUGGAUGUGAAGGUGAGCUCCGGCCACCUGGAUGUCAACAAAGAGAAGAACCUUCUGGUUUGGGUACUGGGCCAAAAGUUCCCAAAGUCCAGGGAGGUCACCAUGGAAGGUGGGAUCCGCUUUUCAGGUCAGCUGCCGGGACCGGUGGACCCCCUCUGCACAGACCUCACAGCCUACCUCAAAUUGUAUUUCAAAGUGCCUGACCUGACUCUCUCGGGGUGCUCCGUGGACCAGCAUUCAGUGCAGGUUUACUCCUGUGCCAAGCCAAAGAUCGUCACAUGUCGGGAGCUUCAGUCCAAAGAGUACUUCAUUUGGAACUCCACUGGUCCUGCUCCUGUGUCUUCUGGGCAGAUGAUACUGUAGGCUGGACAGGAAGCUCCGUCAGAAUAUUGUUGACAAAUGUGUGAUCGAUGCAGGAUGAAGAAUGUAAUGGAAGGCGUCCAAUCUCAUUCUAACGUUACUGGGACACAAUAAUUACAGUAGAUUAAGUGUGUGUGUGUGUGUGUGUGUGUGUGUGUGUGUGUGUGUGUGUGUGUGUGUGUGUGUGUGUGUGUGUGUGUGUGUGUGUGUGUGUGUGUGUGUGUGUGUGUGUGUGUGUGUGUGUGUGUGUGUGUGUGUGUGUGUGAACUGAAGACCAUAACAGUGGUGAAAAAAUAAAGUUACUACACUGCUUAAAGUGCCGUCCA